AGUGCCGUUUGCAUCUGAUAGCUCCACGAAGCCAGCUAUGAGAGGCUUGGGGAGAUGGAUGAGGAGGGGAAGCGGCGCUUUGACUGAAAGCAAGGUCAGGAGCGCGCUGCCCCACGCUCCCCGCCGCUGAGAAGUUCCUUGGACGGGAACAGACGUCGACUGCAGCUCGGCAGAGCGCGGAGCUAGCGAGCGCCGCCGAGUCGCCUGCGCCCGCGGCGGAGAGAAGCAGUUCGCGCCCCGCAGCCCCGGCUCGGCCCCGCAAGCCCAGCCAUGGCGGAGGUGGGGGGGGUCUUCGCCUCCUUGGACUGGGAUCUGCACGGCUUCUCCUCGUCUCUGGGGAGUGUGCCUUUAGCUGAUUCCCCGGGUUUCCUGAACGAGCGCCUGGGCCAGAUCGAGGGGAAGCUGCAGCGCGGUUCGCCCACCGACUUCGCCCACCUGAAGGGGAUCCUGCGACGCCGCCAGCUGUACUGCCGCACCGGCUUCCACUUGGAGAUCUUCCCCAACGGCACGGUGCAUGGCACCCGCCACGACCACAGCCGCUUCGGAAUCCUGGAGUUUAUCAGCCUGGCUGUGGGACUGAUCAGCAUCCGAGGAGUGGACUCUGGCCUGUACUUAGGAAUGAAUGAACGAGGAGAACUCUAUGGGUCGAAGAAACUCACACGUGAAUGUGUUUUCCGGGAACAGUUUGAAGAAAACUGGUACAACACCUAUGCCUCCACCUUGUACAAACACUCGGACUCGGAGAGACAGUAUUAUGUGGCCCUGAAUAAAGAUGGCUCACCCCGGGAGGGAUACAGGACUAAACGACACCAGAAAUUCACUCACUUUUUACCCAGGCCAGUAGAUCCUUCUAAGUUGCCCUCCAUGCCCAGAGAUCUCUUCCGCUAUAGGUAACAGACCCCUUGUGUGACCUCUGUGACCCAUAUACUCUGGGGCCACGGUUGUCUCUGGAAGCACUAUACUCAUAGCUUUUCAAUCCUCUUUCCUAUCAAUUUAGAUAACAGAGAAGCACUUACUGUUCAACUAGACCCAUGUUCCCUUGUUGUUCAAAGUGUAUAUCAAGGUUGGGUUAUUUUGGGGAGGGAUGUGGGGGAGGGGGAGGGCUAGAGGUAAUCUUGUAUAUACUUUUUUCUUUACUCAUGUUCUUUCCCCUGAGGUGGCACGAGAAGGAAUGGGGGCCCCCCUGCCAAGAGCCAGGGGUGUCUAGCCCCACAAUCUACCCAAAUAUCUUGACAAUGGGUAAAUGAAAGACCAAGGAAUCUGCCAUUGAUGCUACCUACAGAGAUUUGGAAAAUUCUCGAUAAGAAAAUCCUUGGGGCUACAGCCCUGCUGCAGCCAUUCCUGUAUUGGCUCUGCACAUUUCUCAUCUGUCCUGACAUGCAGUUUUCCUGCCAUUGGAAGUGGGAGAUGGGGUAGGUUGUAAGAAAAUGAUAUUAAAAUGUAAGCAUGGAUACUGUGCAUAAGGACAAACUAUUUAUGAAAUGUAUAUGCUAUUUAUUUUAUAUAUUUAUUUAUUUCAAAAUAAUUUUAUUUUUAAUGAGAGAUGCUAUGACUGGAUUUUCAUCAGAAAGAAUAAGGUCCUACUGAAACAGGAUAAAUGAGUUAUUAAAGGCUUUUAUUGGCAAUAAAAUUGUCUUUAUAUUGUAA